GAUCGUGCGGCGAUGCUGAUGUCACUGGUCAAGUUGAAGGCAUUGUAGAAGAUGGAGGCGCGCGUUGUUUCCGAGAUCUGGGCGAAGGCGCGCGCUUUCACAUUGGUCUUGAUCGUUGUUAGUGCUGGUGUGGUCGUCGCGGAUGGUCAGGAAGGCAACGCAACCAGCAACAGCGUCCCUACAGGAAAUGUAACACGAACGACUGUAACUCAACAGGCUGCCAAUAUUACCAACGAUCUGACAUCUCAGAGAAGUGAGUCAGUUAAAGCAAUUGAAUCCAAAAGUACAGAGACAAAAUUGACCAUUAAUGCUACAACCCUGAAAACAACCACCACCACCACUACAUCUACAACCACUUUGAAAUCUUCAACAACAUCAAUGGAAGCUGUCAGGAGUACAGAAUCUCUUCUAGCAAUAACACAGAAAGCAACUGCUGUCCAAAAUUCUGACCAAAUUAUACCAACUAGAAAAGAUAUUUCAAUCGUAGAAGGUAACAACAUUAAUGACAAGCAAGAUACAGAAGUUCUGGUAAUUGGCACUGAUAUUGGAGAGGAUGAAAGUAUAAUUUCGAAUACAGAUCCAGAGAAAAUGGAUGAAAUAACGGAUAACCAGUUGUUGCUUGUUGGACAAGGCAAUUCUCCAUCCUAUUAUGAAGCAGAUGAAGAAAAAGGGGCAGAGGAGUAUUUUGAUAUAAAUCAAUUGGAUGAGGAUGAUCUGGAAAAUGAUGAUAUGGAUGAACCUCCUGAGCUCCCUGAUCAACCAAUAUACAUUUCUGCACAUGAAGAAGAAGACAGUCACUUCUUUUUCUACCUUGUUACUGCUGCUUUUCUAAUUGCUGUUGUUUAUAUUACAUAUCACAAUAAAAGAAAGAUUUACAUUCUCUUCGUUCAAAGCAGACGAUGGAAGGAUAGUCUUUGCUCAAGAACAAUUGAAUAUCAGCGUUUGGACCAGAAUGUACAUGAUGCUAUGCCAUCACUUAAGAUUACAAAAGACUACAUUUUCUAAAAGCAUUACUUCUAACUUUAAUAAAAAAGUAAAUUUGCAUUUUUUCAAUUUUUUCCAAAAUCUUGCUGGUGGCCAAUUAAUACUAAACAUAGCUAUCCAGUCCUUUCUGUCAGCAUUAAAAAAAUCUUUGCACUUUCAAAUAAAAUAAACAAAAAUGUUAAAAUAUAUAUAUAACAACACUACCUUUUGAGAAUGCAUCUGAUAAAAGCAUAGUUUCUGAAAUGGUUCUCUGAAUUAUUAUACCUAUUGUCAUUGAAUCAAACAUUGCUUUGGUGGCUGCUGAAAUCGGUAGUCGGGAAGAACAAUCUACCUAGCUGACUAACAAGGAUCAUCUGAACAAGAUUUUAAAUCAAGUUAUUUGGGUUUAAUGCCUUUCAGAAUUUAAUUUUUCACAAACUAGGAUUUGAAACUUGGACACCUGUAACUAGCUAACUUAAAUUUUAUACAAGAUUAAUGUUCACAUUCAAUUCAGAUUCUGAAGAAAUGAUUCAAUGACAGACGUUAUGUAGUUAUCUUUAGUCAUGGGGCUAUUGAUUGUAAUUUCUUUAUUCGGGGCCAGUUAAAAUUGUACAUAGUCAUGAAAAGUGGCAAAUGAUUUCUUUGGAUGUCAUUAUUAUUUGUCUUAAGACCCUUUGCUAUUAAGAUAUUGCUUGUAAGGUUAAAUGGUACAUCAGCCAAAACCAGGGUAACAUAUACCUGUAGCCUUAGGAGAAUGCCUUGGUAUUAAACUGCAUAUUGCCCCCUCCUUAUUCCAAAGUACAUGUCUACUGAAAUGUGAAGAAUAUUUUAUUAGCUUUCUAGAAUAUAUUAUUAGAAGCACGGUACUUUAUUUCAAAAUAUUCAGUGCGAUGUCUUAAAUCGUAUACUUUAUUUUUAGUUUAUAUUUCUUGAUGUUUCAGUGCUAGAAAUUUGAAACUGUUGAAUGUUACAUUAUUGGUUUGAGUCAGAAUUUUCAUUUUACUGAAAAUUGGUUUCUGGAAUGGGUUACUAUUACCUGAGUGAUGGAUAAGUUUGCCUUUUAAGAAGAGAUGCUUCAGUUACUAAAUGUGUGUUUCAGAAAUUGUCAAAUUCCUAAAGCAAAAUAACUAAUGUAAUUGGCUUACAAUGAUUGUAAUGGUUAGAUCAGCAUGUGAUAUGAAGGUUGCUGAAAUGUUUAGUUGGUUUUGAUCAGUGUUUACGUGCACACUUGAUUUUGGUGUUUCUGACAAAAAUUGCAAAAAGAAGCACAAUGAAUCAUAAAAUAUGGUAGAAUUUUUUUACCUAACUUCUGUAUGUUUUAAUAAAGUUUCAGAAUUAA